UGAGAAAGGUUUGCUUUUCAAUUUUAACUAAGUGAUUAUUGUUUAAAAAAAUGAUAUAUUUAAAUAAUGAUAAAAAUUGUUCCCAGAUUCAUUUAGAGACAAGAAAAGUUUAUGCUGAGUUUCUUAAACUUGAAAAGGACAACCGAGUGCAUGAUUGGACUUGGAAACACCAACGAGAAUACUACAUGCAUUUUUAUAACACAAAAAAUUCUUCGAUACGUGAAGAUAUAAAGUUGUUAGGAAUAUUGGAAGAAACUGAGAGAAAAAUUGCUUGGUGUCAAUAUGAGGCAAAAUUAACACCAAUCACUAGGGAUGGAACUUUUAGGGACCUGCAAGCUCUCUACCCAGAAGAAGUUGAAGAAUAUGAAUGGGGUCCAACUAUGUGUAAUGCCAAUACAACCCUUAAUCAGUUUGAAAGAUUUCUCGAUAAUCAUAAAUAA